UUGUCCUCUGAUGAUCUGCUCACAUUGUUAACAUGCAAACUGCAAAAUAACCUGACCUACUCUAAAGAUCUUUGGAAGCAUUUCUUCCAGAAUUUUGCUGGAUCAUUGGAGAAUGCACUGGACAGGUUUUCAAGCAUAACCAACAGCAGCAUUCAAUUCAACCCAAAUAUGCUUGAUGCCAUUGGGGAGGUGAUAAUCAAGGACUUCACAGCAGCACAGUUAACGAAUGCUACUUUCAUAAGCAAGUGGUUCCAGAUAAGGCUCAGACUAUUUUUGUCAUCAGUGUCCACAGACUUUCUGUUCAGCAUCAGUUCCAAAACCUUCAGCUGUGAGACAUACCAAAUUGUGGUGGAGGCUCUCGGUAGUCAGGAAUCACUUAUGACAAAGAAACAGAAGCAGUGGGUCUUUACUUCAUUCAUCUUUCCCUUCCUGUCAAGAGUUGACUUGCCAGAUCCUGGCUGUUUUUCCAACACUUCUGGCAGCAAUGACUGGUUUGAAAAGAACCUUGGCAAUUUCAGCAAUUAUGCCACCUUAAAGGAGCUCCAAAUUCUAAAUGCUAAUUUCUCCAGUGUUGCAGUGUUGGUUUACUGUCCAGUGAGCAGAAAGCUGAGUUCAUUUUGCAGCCAGAUGCAGGAGUGUUGGGAAAUGACUCUGUGUUUAGAGAGAGUGAAAGGCCUUAAUAAUGUGUACAGUAACCUCUCUGUAACACAGUCCAACACUAUCUUCAGUUACAUACAAGACUAUCUGAAGUACCAGUCCAGCCAAGGCUUGAGCUGCUAUGGCAGUGGGAGCUUCUACAUGUUCCUGAAACAGUUGUUCCUCAGUUUUGGAUUCCCUGACCUAAAUGAUUUCCUGUCCCUUAUUCCGGCUGAUCGACAGGCAGAGAUUUUGAGCUCCAUCUCAACGGAAGAACUCAGCGAGUAUCUGAAAAGCACAAACCCAGUGAUUAAUGGUUCUGAACUCUGCACACUACUUAACAAUUACAACAGAACCACUCAGUACCUGGAGAUGGAGCCUGUUUUGUCCUCAGCUCUGGCCAGCCGAACAUUAGAGUGUGUGUGGCCUCGUGCAUAG